AAAUGCUAACCAAAAACUAACCAUAUUCAAAGCCAGUUUGUCACAUGAGUGUCACCUGGGUGCAAAAACAUAGCGGGUGUCUAUAGUGAUUUUUUAAGAGCAGAGUCAGGACUUGUUUGUUGGUGGGUGUCAGAAUUGGAAAAGUGUUCAUAAACAUUUUGUUUUUUACGCAUGCUAUCAAAUCGGACACAUUUCCAAGCCAGUUGUGUGUGCAUAAAAAACAGUUGUGACAGUUGUGGCUACAGGUGAUUAGGAGGGACGAUUCUGGUCCGUGGAGCUUCAUCUUUGCGGCGGUGACCAUUUUAUCACGGCUACGUAGCUGAUUAUCAUAUCAGUGAACUAUCGAAGAAUUUAACAGGCUUAGCCUGCUAGGUAGCAAACAUGCCUAAUUUAGGUUGCUUUAGCAAACCAGUGUAGCUCGCCUAAAACCUGCAUCAAGAGACUAGCUACGUAGCUAGGUCAUGUUCUUAGGGCAGUCGUGGCUUAAUGGUUAGAGUCUUGUAACCCGAAGGUGAACCUGAAGGUUGUGGGUUCGAGUCUCGGGUCCAGCGGGGAUUGUAGGUGGGGGGAGUGAAUGACCAGCGCUCUCUCCCACCCUCAAUACCACGACUGAGGUGAGACCCUUGAGCAAGGCACCAAACCCCCAACUGCUCCCCGGGCACCACAGCGAAAAAAGCGAAAAAGUGUGUGUUCACACUGUGUGUGUGUGUGUGUGCGCGCACUUGGAUGGGUUAAAUGCAGAGCACAAAUUCCAAGUAUGGGUCAAUGUACUUGGCUACAUGUCUCGAUAGAUUCUUCAGUCAGAUUCUAACUAGCGCCUGGUUGCUAGGCUACUUGAGCCUUUUUGGUUACAAACACAAAAUCAUUGUAUGGAACCAUUACUGAACGUUUAGUCACAUGAAAAUGAAAUACAAAAGUUCCAUUGAAAUGAAUAUGAAUUUCUCUUGUGAGAAUUUUGCGUCUGCCGUGAGGUUACACUCGUUGAUGUGUUAAAGGUGCCUGAUUUAUCUUUUGCCUAAAUAGAAUGCAGUGUGUGAUUGUGUUGUUUUUUUUUUUUUUUUGGGCCUCGAGAUGGACACACUCCGUCAGAUUUGCGCAGGACUUGUAGAACACAGGUCAGAGGAGACUGAGGGUUUAGCAGUGAGGCUCUCACCGUGGCCUGACGCUGGAAUCAAUGCCGGGAAGUCGUUGUCCUCCUCAGGCAGCCUAGCGAAGGUUCAGAAAGUAGCAAGCUGGCUUUUGGAAAUGAACCAGGACCUGCUGGUUCCUGAACCUGCGCCGGAGCCAGAACCUGAACCCGGACACAUGAACCGCGAGCGAGAACCUCAGCACCGGAGGAGAGAGCGAGGAGAGGAGGAUGAGGAGGAGGACGACGAAGAGGAGGAACGAGAGCGAUCUGGAGAGGCGGAAGAAGCGGAAGAGGAGCCCUGGCCUUCGGGGAGGGAGUCUGUGAGCCAGAACGAGGGAGCGGAAGAAGGCAGGAGAGAGGAAGUGAACGGAGGAGAGAAAGCCGUUCAGUGGUUGUGGGAGCAGGAGCAGAGGAGACGGCGGCGGAGACGGAGGAACGAUGACGAGGAAGAGGAGGAGAACAACAACCACGGUGACGCAGGAGGAGAAGGACGGGUACGGACAGGACUGCGCUCCGAGGAAGACGAGGAGGACGGAGAGAGAGAGGAGGAGGAAGAGAUGGACCAAGAGAGUGACGAGUUUGAAGCGUCAGAGGACAGCGCAAGAGAGGAGGACGAGGAAGCAGAGGAGGAUGAGGAAGGAGAGACGGGACUUCACUCUUCUUCGGUCAAAACCGGAGCGUCAGAUCCGAACGAUAACGCAGACGUCCAAUCAGGACGACAGAACCAAAGCUCAUCUUCAUCUCAGCACACGCAUCCUCUGAUGAAGAGGAAGUUGGAUCAUGGACCCGAAGUUCGGCCGUUCCCUUCAGGCAAAAAGCCCUGUCCGAGUCCGACGGGUUUGGUCCCGUAUCCAUCCACUCCCACUACAUUUGGCGACUUGAGAGCUGCUAAUGGACAGGGACAGCAGAGACGCCGCAUCACCUCCAUCCAGCCUCCGACAGGCUUACAGGAAUGGCUCCGUACCUUCCAGAGUUGGAGCGGGCCAGAGAAGCUCUUGGCGCUGGAUGAGUUGAUUGACAGCUGCGAGCCGACGCAGGUGAAGCACAUGAUGCAGGUGAUCGAGCCGCAGUUCCAGAGAGACUUCAUCUCCCUACUGCCCAAAGAGUUGGCUCUGUAUGUUCUGUCCUUCUUGGAGCCGAAGGAUUUGCUCCAGGCCGCUCAGACGUGUCGAUACUGGCGAAUCCUCGCGGAAGACAACCUGCUCUGGAGAGAAAAAUGCAGAGAAGAAGGUAUCGACGAGCCGUUACACAUCAAGAGGAGGAAGGUGGUGAAGCCGGGGUUCAGUCACAGCCCGUGGAAGAGCGCUUACAUCAGACAACACCGCAUCGACACCAACUGGAGGAGAGGAGAGAUCAAGUCACCUAAGGUGUUGAAAGGACAUGAUGAUCACGUCAUCACGUGUCUGCAGUUUUGUGGGAAUCGUAUCGUUAGCGGUUCGGACGAUAACACGCUCAAAGUGUGGUCUGCAGUCACGGGAAAGUGUUUGCGGACGUUAGUUGGGCACACAGGCGGAGUUUGGUCCUCUCAGAUGAGAGACAACAUCAUCAUCAGCGGCUCGACAGAUCGAACUCUGAAAGUGUGGAACGCAGAGACGGGAGAAUGUAUUCACACGCUGUACGGACACACGUCCACUGUGCGCUGCAUGCACCUCCACGAAAAGAGGGUGGUGAGUGGCUCUCGGGAUGCGACGCUGCGUGUGUGGGAUAUCGACUCGGGUCAGUGUUUGCACGUGCUGAUGGGUCACGUGGCGGCGGUGCGCUGCGUGCAGUACGACGGACGCCGAGUCGUCAGCGGAGCCUACGACUUCAUGGUCAAAGUGUGGGACCCUGAGACCGAGACGUGCUUACACACACUGCAGGGACACACCAACCGGGUCUACUCACUACAGUUUGACGGCGUCCACGUGGUCAGCGGUUCUUUAGACACGUCCAUCCGCGUGUGGGACGUCGAGACGGGGAACUGCAUACACACACUCACGGGUCAUCAGUCCCUCACCAGCGGCAUGGAGCUCAAAGACAACAUCCUGGUGUCGGGGAACGCCGACUCGACCGUCAAAAUCUGGGACAUAAAGACGGGACAGUGUCUCCAAACGCUGCAAGGUCCUCAUAAGCACCAGAGCGCCGUGACGUGUCUGCAGUUCAACAAGAACUUUGUGAUCACGAGUUCGGACGACGGCACGGUGAAGCUGUGGGAUUUGCGCUCGGGAGAUUUCAUCCGGAACCUGGUGAGCCUGGAGAGCGGCGGCAGCGGCGGAGUCGUGUGGAGGAUCCGAGCCUCCAACGUGAAGCUGGUGUGCGCCGUGGGCAGCAGGAACGGCACCGAGGAGACCAAACUGCUCGUGCUCGACUUCGACGUCGAACUCAAGUGAACUGGACUUGAAGUGAAGGGAGAGAAAGAGCGGCGGGGCGAGGUCGGGGGGGUGUGGAAACGGGCCUCCUCGCGCAGCUCCGCCACUGGACCCACCACUGCUCACCGUUCCUGCCAUGAAUUGCCCCUUUAGUGACCGCUGCUGCGAUUUAUUUUUUGGGGGGAGGGAGGGGUUGUGCUUCUUCAGAAAGGGGGCGGGGCAUAGCUGAUAGCGGGAAGGAGGAACAGGAAGUGAGUCUCCUUGCGCAGCUCCGAGACUGGACCCAUCAUAUAGAGGCAUCACCUCCUCCAUCUUUAGAAGGGGGUAGGGGCAGGAACGAGGAGGCGGGGCCUCUGCAUUCUGGGAAGGAAGGCUUCCUCAUGCAGCUCCAUGACUGGCAUCUGUUUGUCUGGUCCCUUUCUGGGGUUCUGUGCAGCAAAGCAUUCUGGGAAGAAACGGGAUUUUUUUUUUUUUCCUUCACUCCCUUUCUCACAGCCUUUCUCGCUCAGAGACUUGCUGAUUCAAGCCUGCACGCCCCAGACAGCAUUAUCUCUUUAUUUUCGUUCUCUUUUUUUGUUGUUUGUUUUUGUUUUGGUUUUUUUUCCCUUUUAAACCAACACGAACAAGUCGACACUGUAUGCAUGACAUGAGCGAGGAAGCCGAGUUGACACAGGUGAUGGUGAACGAUGAUGAAUGCACGCAGGUUUAGAGUUUUUAACAGGAUAAAAAAAUGGAUAAAAGAGCUUUGAGUUUUAAAUGUGAGGAUUUAACAAAAAAAAAAAACCCUACACACACAAAGGACCCUCGAUACGUGCGAGAGAGAGCCUGCUUUUCUCUGGCUUGUUCUUUCUUCUUGUUGUAUCCCCAUCACACACACACACACACAAUUAUUAGUGUUCAAUGCACAACUGUGAAUUUAAGUGUCAUUCUUUAAUUCUUUUUUUUUCCACAAACAUCAGCGUUUGGUGUUCUUGUUGUGUUUCAGUUUCUCUCCACCAUUACCUCUACGACAAGUCUCAGUAUUAAUUUAAAGACAGUCUGGCAUAAAAAAAAAAAGAUGUGUACACAAUGUUCCUCUCAUCCUGAAUGUAGUCAAUCAGACAAGACGUGCUAAUAUCGCUAAUAAAAAAAGGAAGAUUAGCGCUGCUAGGUUAGCGUUGUGCAAACUGCAUGUCUAACUCAUCACAUUUGCCUCAAAAGACAUCGAUCACACGAUGCUAAACUGGAGGUUACACGCUUCUCUUAUUUAUUAGCCACAUUAGCAUGAGAAGACGCAAACUUCAGACAUCAAACGUGGAUUAUAUUUGGGUUAGAGGAGGAAAAUGGUGGACUUUUUUUUUUUGUUUUGUUAGAUCUGUGUCUUUAAGUGCUGUUCCACAUCCUCAGUGCAGUUUUGUUUCUGUUGUCGCUGUUCUCUGUUUAAGCUUCCUCAUGUUGGCUCAGUACCGUUGCUUCAUGGGAGAUUAGAAAUUGAUAUUUUUUUUUAAUUUUUUUUUUUUUUUUUUAUUUUACUUACAAGCCCCUUGGAAGCCCCGCCCCUUCCUGUUCCUGUUCUCCCAGUGGCCAAACUGAACUUAAUGCUGCUAGUCACUCAUGCGGGACUUUUUUUUUUUCCUCCACUGGCUGUGACGUUUUAGUCCCAGACUAAAUCCUAAAAGAAUUUAGACUUAUAAAUAAAUCAACAAAAGACACACGAUGCGUACAAGAUAUGAAAUCUGACUUCUUUUUCUUCUUCUUUUUUUUUUUUUUUUUUUUGCCACUGAAACUUGAGCCAAAUGUGCCUCUACGAGGCUGAAAGAGCGAGAAGGUCCGACGACUAUGGACGAUGUCGAGUGUGUGCGUGUGUGUGCCUGCUUGUGUGUGCGCGUGUGUGUGUGUUUGAGCAUCGUUCACACAUUCCUUGGGACGGAAGUUCUGUUGGGGACGUGUUGGAUGGAUUUUUUUUUUCUUUGGGUUAGCGCAUCGGAUUGAUGGAAAGUCGGACUCGCUCAUCGUUCUUUCUGAAGAGGGGACAAAAAAAAGCGUCAACGUAGCCAAACCGUUCGUCUCAUUCUCCGAGUCACACACUCACGCUGAACUGUGAAACUGGUUUAACACUGUAUAUUACGAUUUAAAGAAAAAAAAAAGAAACAAGUUCUUUCUCCAGUUUUUAUUUAUGGUCUGGUUUAAGAAAAUCAGAUAAUGGAGGUGUUUUUUUCCUUUUCUUUUUCUUUCUUUUCUUUUUUUUUCCAGUCCAAACUGCCUGGUGUAACAGACAGAUAAAAAAAUACAGCAAACCUUAAAGGGAUUGUCUAUUAGAAUUUUUAUUUUCUUAUAACUUAAGUGCAAUAAAAUGUGGGGUUGUUAUUAUUGUUUUUUUUUUCCUUUUUUGUUUCAUUUCAAGCUUCUUUUUUUGUCACUGUGUGAAAGUGUCAUAUGUGCCCAAUAAAGCUUCUACGGUUUAUUGUA